AACAACACGCUGCGUCAGGAAAGGUGAUUUGUUGCAAGUUUGGAGCGUCGUUGUUUUGCCGAGAAGGGUGUCUCUUGUUUUGCGUGUGGGAUUCUUCAGAAUUGGGAAUGGCUGACACUCCACCCAGUGAUGGUCCAUCACAGGGUGCAGACUUUGACAUGAUUGGUGCUCUGGACUGGAAGGAUGGGAUUGCCACUUUGCCAGGAAGUGACAUCAAGUUCUGCAUGACAGAGUUUGGCACCCUUGAGAUUGUGACGGACGUAGAGGUCAAAAGGCCCAAGCUGGAGUCUAAAAGUGGGACUUUGGAUCCGGCACCAUCACACAGUCCCACCCCUCCACCAGAGAGCCAAUCACAGGGCAAAACAGCAACAGUACCAUCCAAUAAGAGUGAGUCAGCAUCAUCUCAAGGAAAAGCUCCUGCUCCUGUUGUCUUGCCUGUCGAGGUAACUCCCACUACAGAAGCCCCCAAAUUGGAAGUUGCUCCGAGUGUGCAAGUUGUUCCAAACAAAGAGCUUACACAAUGUAAGGUCUGUGGUGGUCACGUCGCUCGGGAUGCCCUUCUACGGGGAAAGUUCUGUAGCACCAACUGUGCCCAACCCUCCAGUGGCAGGUCAUCUCCAGGGGAGGCCAGAGAGUGUCAGGCAGUGGAAACCGAGACGCUGGGGAAACGUGUGCGUAAAAAGAGGAAGAUCUAUAUGGAUUCUGGUGACGACGACGAGGACAACCAAGAGGAACCAGAGGAGAAAACCAAGAUGACCAAAGGCAGAAGAGGAGCCAAGCUAGCCAAACUUGCUGCAGCCCCACAGAAUAAGAAACGAGCUUGGAGCUGGCCGGCUUACUUGGAGGAGGAGAAGGCUGUCGCUGCUCCUGUCAAACUGUUCAAAGAGCAUCAGUCUUUUCCUCAAAGUCGAAACAGUUUUAAGAUAGGAAUGAGGCUGGAGGGAUUGGACCCGUGUCACCCGUCGCUGUUCUGUGUGCUCAGCGUUGCAGAGAUCCAAGGCUAUCGAGUCAGGCUCCACUUUGACGGCUACCCAGAAUGCUACGACUUCUGGGCCAACGCUGACUCGUGGGAUUUAAAACCAGCAGGCUGGUGUGAGAAAAACGUACACAAGCUAUUGUUGCCGAAAGAUUUUAAGGAUCGAGAAUUUAACUGGAGCUCGUACGUGAAGAACAGCAGAGCCCAGCUGGCCCCCAAGCACCUUUUUAAGAGCCUCAACACGUCGGUGACGCCAUCCGGGUUCCGAGCAGGCAUGAAGCUAGAGGCGAUCGACAGGAAGAACCCAUUGCUGAUCUGCGUGGCGACCAUUGCAGCCGUGGUGGACAACAGACUUCUCAUUCACUUCGACAACUGGGACGACACGUAUGAUUACUGGUGUGAUGCUAGCAGUCCAUACAUCCACCCAGUAGGCUACUGCCAGGAGGCCGGGCUGACUCUAACCACUCCAGCUGGUAAGACACAGACCAAGGCACACAUAGAAUACAAACAACCAAAGACUUUCUCCUGGGAGAAAUAUCUGGAGGAGACGGGCACACAGGCUGCUCCUGCUCGGGCUUUUAAACCGCGCCCUCCGCAUGGCUUCCAGGUGGGCAUGAAGGUGGAAGCUGUGGAUAAAAGGAACCCAAUGCUCAUCCGUGUUGCCACCAUCGCUGAUACAGACGACCACCGGCUCAAGAUCCGUUUUGAUGGUUGGAGUGCAGAGUAUGAUUACUGGGUGGAGACCGACUGCCCCGACCUGCACCCUGUAGGCUGGUGUCACAAAACUGGACAUCCUCUUCAUUACCCUAAUGGUUCUAAUGAUGCGGUGAGUCCUUCAGGACAAGGAUGUCCCACCCCAGGAUGCAAUGGGAUUGGCCACAUCAGAGGACCGCGUUAUGGGACACAUUACACUCAGGUGAGCUGUCCUUACUCCGACAUGAAUCUAAGCAAGGAAAGUUUGCUCCCAGACCGUCUCAGCGGAGAGCGACCCAUCACACUCAGUGGUCCUCCACCCCGCGGACGGCGCCCCGAACCCAACCCAACCGCCACAACGCCGAGGGCAUCAACACCAAACCCGCCCGAAGCAGCCGACAACUCCCACAGCAGGAAACCGGCGGAAGUAGUCACUGAGCCCUCAGAACGCAGCAGCCAACCACAGCCACUAGGUGGCGUCAGUGAGCAGAGUCAAAAUGGAACCAAACUUAAACGGACUGCUCCAUUUCCCAACUAUGUGAAUAUACACUACGUGAAGGAAGAGACUGUUCAAAACAAAGGUGUGUGUAAGGAAGAGACUGUUCAAAACAAAGCAGACUCCAUCGCCUUGCAGCAGGCACUUCACGAAUCCGUCUUCUCCCCCGGCCUCACGGCGGCCCCCCACCAGCGGGUGGCGCUGUGCUGGGACAAACACUGUCAGCUGCUGCCUGAGGUUCUGGGGCUGACGGCCAAGCGGGUGGCGGCGUGGACUUCUGAGGAGGUGGCGACUUUUGUCAAAGGACUUCCAGGCUGCAAAGAACACGCUGUUACUUUUAAAACCGAGCAAAUAGACGGCGAGGCCUUCCUGCUCCUCACCCAAUCAGACAUCGUCAAGAUCCUGUCCAUCAAGUUGGGCCCAGCCCUCAAGAUCUACAACGCCAUCUUGAUGCUGAAGAACGCGGAUGAAGAAUGAAAAGUUCAGCUCGGUGCUUUAAGAAGACAUUUCCUUCUAGCUCCCUCCUGGAUGGACACAGGAGGAGAGUUAGCUGUUUACUGACUCCACUAAAACAAAUACAGACACCUUUAAACACGCUGCAUCAUUUUUUAUUCAACACAGUUCAAAGUGAUCACUUUUACAUUCUUUUCAAGCUUCUAAUACAAACAAUCCUGCAGAGGUUUUGCAAAAGGCAAUAUUAGCUUCUUCUUUAUCCGCUAGAGGGAGCAAGCACUGGCUGACAGAGAAUUAUGGGAUCAAAUGACAAGUUUCAUUUGGUGAAGAAGCUUAUUUUUUCUUUUUCUUUGUUUUGAUGGCACAUGAAUGUAAAAAAAAAAGGAAAAAAAAGCACCAUCUGUUCUUUGUUUUUGUCUUGUCAUGUACAUAGAAUGCAGCUACCUAAAGAUGGCCAUGUCAUGAAGUCAUUUUAAGACUUUAAGGAAUGUGUUCAACAUGAAGUGUUUAUAAUGCACACAGCUUUUAUUUAUGUUUUCUAAUUUAAGGGUUGUUGGUACGCCGUCUUGACUAAGAGGAAGCUGGGCUGUGUGGAAUGAGUGUAAGAGAAUAAAAUAAGACACACUGACA